AUGACUCUGAGGACACUUCAAUUGGACUUCCAAGACUGGAAAAGCAACACGAACGCCACAGAAGAUGGCUUGCCAAUAAGAAGUGUGAUCCUACCAGGGUGCAAGAACAAACUUGCAUGGCAAAAGCGAAAGAAGGAGGAAAAGGAGAUGGCCAACCAAACCGGCAUUGCAGACUCCACUGAAGGACAAGGUCCUCCAAAGAAACACACUCUCGACAGUGGUAUCAUCAAUGGAUGGAAUCAAACUACUGUUGACUGCCCUAUCGGUGAAAAGGUCCACCUGGAUAACUUCACCAUACACUCAUGGACAUUGGUCCAUAGCCCCACGUAUUGGACACAUCUGCACCACGACUUGGAUGCCCCUGAGCUGACAGAUCUUUAUCAAAACCGCAAGAAAAUACAGGAGACUUGGCACGGAGAGAUUGUCACUCUUUUAUCCAGUGACAUGCUUAUACAACCUCCUGGCCAAUUCCACGCAGUUUAUACACCAGUAACUUUGUUUGCCACUGGAGGGCAUUUCUACAACUAUGAAACCAUGCAUCUAACAGAACUUUCUCAAUACAUCGACCAUAAGCAAGGAAGGACCCUCACAAACCAAGUCCAUGAACAUUCUCUGGAAAAUUUUCAGCGAAUGGUCAUCAACUUACUGCGCAUAUCACAUUAUAUUAAUUGCAACAAAUAUGUUGCCACCAGCACUGAAAAGCCGAAGUUCAAGACAAACACCACAAAGCUGGUGCAUGAAAAAACACUUCUCUGCGCUGUCUGA